UCCCCUGGCCUGGCCCCUCGAUCCCUCUCGGCAUACCAUGGGGGUGCUGGCGCUGGGGCGGCUCAUCUCCGCGCAGCGGGAGCGGCGGCGGCAGCGGCAGCGGCAGCGACGUCGCCGGAUACGAGCCCGUGAUGAUCGAGUUCCUUUGUUGGUGAAAAGAGGACGCUCAUCCUGGGAGCAAGAUGAUCGUUUUCAGGGUAGGAAAAGAGUUAAAUACUCGGGACCAGACAUUCCACAGAAAAUUUGGCGCCAUAUAAUCUCACUAGUACCAAUGCAAGAUGCUGCUCGUGCUGCCUGUGUCUCUCAUGCCUUUCUACGUUGUUGGAGGUUCUACCCCAACAUUGGAUUUAGUAACUCGACUGUAGGCUGCAAUGGAGUUCUUACAAAGGCUGAAACAGCAAGAAAAUUCGCCAGCAAAGUUAACCAAGUUCUGAAAAACCACUCUGGCAUUGGCUUGAAGAGUAUCAAGCUUGAAUUCCUUGGCCACAAUUCCAGCGACUGUUCUUCUCUCGAUAGCUGGCUUCGGGUUGCUAUUACAUCGGAGAUUGAAGAACUCAGCCUUAUGCUGUCUUCAGAGGUGGCAACAUACAGAUUCCCGUGCUCACUUUUAUCUGGUCUGAGGGGGAACUCGAUUCGGUAUGUACACCUCUCGGGUUGUGUCUUCCGUCCUGUGGUCAGACUCAGCUGUUUCAGAAGCCUGAUGAAUCUGCGCCUGUAUCAUGUGCGUAUCAGUGAGGACGAGUUAGGAUGCCUUCUUUCCAGUUGUUCUGCUCUGGAGCUGUUUGCAUUUGGGUACUGCAAUGAAAUAACUUGCCUGAAGAUACCCGACAUACUGCAGCGCCUCCACGACCUACAAGUGGUCGGAUGCAACGCUCUACGAGUGGUAGAGAGCAAAGCCCUGAAUCUCUCCAGUUUUUACUUUGGUGGUAAACGAGAACAACUUUCACAUGGAGAGCAAUUGAAGAACUUAACAAUGCCGCAUCCACGUGCCCUCGAUAAUGCUCAUGCCAUGCUUCCGACUACUAUGCCGAAUCUUGAAACUCUUGACAUAAGUUUGCGUCUCAAGGCUGAUACCCCCAUGAUGCAUAGCCAAUUCCUCCGCAUCAAGUACCUGAGGAUAACUGUUGAUGGAUAUGCAUUUCCUCGUAUCAAUGAUUAUAUUUCCCUGGUUCCUUUUCUGGAUGCUUCUCCUUGCUUGGAGUCCUUUUUCUUGCAAGCAGCAGAACCCAUGGAGCAUGAGUCAAUUUUCAGAGAUCCCUCGCCUCUGAGGCGGAUGCCAGGACACCGCCAUGACAAGCUGAAGAGCGUGACAAUCAUCGGCUUUAACUCUGCAAAGAGCUUGAUCGAGCUAACGGUUCAUAUCAUCGAGAAUGCAGGGUCACUAGAGUCCCUUACAUUGGACACCGCUGAUUGUUCUCUUGGAUGUUCUGACAGCGAGACGAAGAGAUGCUCUACCUUGGGCCAGAGUACUCUCAUGGAAGUUCCUAGAGCGCUCUUUGCUAUCCGAAGGUAUGUGGAGGGCAUAGUUCCCUCUGCAGUUAAGUUGGCUGUUCUGGAGCCUUGCACCCGCUGCUGCGAUGCUUCUUGAGUUUUAGAUGUCAAGCUAUAUUAGUAUUUUGCAUGAUGUUUAUGUGAUUUUAGAUGGGAUGUGAUCGAGCGAGACCCUUUACCUGGAGUAGUACAAGUGCGUAUUUCACUUGUAAAUCAAUUAUGAAACAACAAUAUUAAUGGUUAUUACCGACGCUUUA